AUUCAGCACGUGUUCUUCAUUCAGCCGUUCCAGUCAGUCGCGAGUUUCAUAACUUUCUUUUGCCGCAUGCGCGGCAUCGGCACAUAUGGCCUGAGGAGAUACCGGCUCCGGUUAUGCCUGACAUCCUGCAGGAUGCAGUUGCUUGCAUCCCUUGCUUUUGCCGGCCGAUUGCAUGCGACCAAAUUCGUCCCGUUCUCGAAGAUCCAAUCAGGCAGGAGAUGUACCAGCCUGGAGGCGGACAAGCAACCCAACGGUUCCUCCAAAUUUAACCCGGGAUCGAAUGUUUGCAACACCUCGGCACGACACCUCUCUUUGCGCAAGGGAGAGCCGCAUGCAAUGCAUUCUCAGGUUCAGUAUCGCAGCUCAAAUCACCACGUGUUUACUGAAUCAUGCAAAUGGUCGGUUCCUAUAUUCCGGUGUUCAAAUUGCAUCCCUUGGACUCAACAUGUGCUGUGCCACAUUGGCGCAUAGACCUGAAUCGCCGUACAGAUGUGGAGCCCCCCGGACCCUGGCAUUCCCACCACAGUGCGAACGUCUAAAUCCAAGACAAGUCCUAUGCUUGCCGCACUUAUACCCACAUCGCAGCGCCGUACAUUAGCUUGUCGUGUUCCAAGGCCUGGAAGAGGCUGGAUGCACGUUGAGCAGCAUUAUUGGAUCGAUGGACGGACGCAUAAGAAGCUCGAAGCCC